AUGCCAUUCUCUAAUUCAUCUUAUCAAUCUGCUACCAAUAUCUUUCUCCCAGUUUGGUAUCCGCUAACUUCUGCUUAUCGCUGCCACCAUCUCAUGUUCCCGAAUUUUUUACUCUUUUUUCUUCACUUUUUUGGCUUACCGAACUGUUUCAUUGACUCCGUUGCCACUCAUUCUCUUCGCUGUCUCUCGUUCUGGCCCCAUCCCUUUUCCAGAUUUUGUGACGGAUUGCAUCUGCUACAAACGUUCUUGCACAUGAUUCAAAUGUUUAUCAGCUAUAUGCUAAUGUUGAUCGUAAUGACCUACAACGUGUACAUGCUGAUCGCGGUGUUGCUCGGGUUCACUUUGGGCUACUACAUCUUCUCUCGUAAUCGGCCGCUGAUGCUUCGAUCACCUCAGUGCUGUCAUUAG